AUGGCCGACAUCAAGAUUGCUCCCUUCGAGCACACUCCCAUCGACGACAUCGCAAAAGCAUACUCGCAGGUCAGCGCCACCUACCGCACAAACAAGACCAAGGAUGUCGAGUGGCGCCUCAAGCAGCUGCGCAAGCUCUACUGGGGCCUCAAAGAUAUCACGGCAAAGACCCAGGCCGCGCUCAAGAAGGAUCUCAACAAGCCUCCCAUCGACGCCAUCAUGUCCGAGGUCGGCAUGUGCACCACCGACAUCAUGAACACCAUCGCCAACCUCAAGACCUGGGUCAAGGACGACAAGAACCUCGACUACCCGCUCGCCAUGACCGCCCUCAAGCCCCGCAUCAAGAAGGAGCCCAUCGGUACCGUCCUCAUCAUUGGCCCCUACAACUUCCCGUUCAUGCUUUGCGUUGCGCCCCUGAUCGGUGCCAUCGCGGCCGGAUGCACUGCCAUCCUCAAGCCUUCGGAGAGUUCUCCGGCCACUGCCAUGGUCCUUAGAGAGCUCGUGGAGAAUUACCUUGAUCCCAGCGCCUUCAAGGUCGUCAACGGCGCCAUCCCAGAGACCACUGCCCUCCUUGACCAGAAGUGGGACAAGAUCUUCUACACCGGCAACCCAACCGUGGCUCGCAUCAUCUACAAGAGGGCCGCCGAGAACCUGACCCCUGUGGUACUCGAGCUUGGAGGCAGAAACCCGGCCUUCAUCACCAAGGCCUCGGACGUGGCUCUGGCUGCCCGCCGUUUGAUGUGGGGCAAGUGCCUGAACGCUGGUCAGGUCUGCAUUUCGCACAACUACGUUCAAGUUCACCGGGAUCUGGUGCCCUACUUCAUCGAGUGCAUCAACAAGGUCGUCGCGGAAUUCUUCCCCCAGGGGCCCCGCAACAGCCCCGACUACGCCCGCAUCGUCAACCACCGCCAGUUCGACAGAAUCAAGAAGAUGCUCGACAGCACCAAGGGCAAGAUUGUCAUGGGUGGCGAGACAGACCGUGAUAACCUGUUCAUUGCGCCCACCGCCGUACUUGUUGACUCCAUCGAGGACCCGAUGAUGGUCGAUGAGUCCUUCGGCCCCAUCUGGUCCAUUCUGCCUUUCGACAAUUUGGAUGAUGCCAUCAAGCUUGCUAACCAGGUCGACCCUACCCCUCUGUCUCUAAUGACAUUUGGGUCCAAGGCCGAGAACGACAAGAUUCUGAACGGCAUUACCUCUGGUGGUGCGAGCAUCAACGACUCCUAUAUGCACGGCUCCAUCCCCACUCUGCCCUUUGGUGGCGUUGGAGAGUCUGGCACUGGUGCUUACCAUGGCGUCUCCUCGUUUGACACUUUUACACACCGACGCACUGUUGUGGAAACCCCAGGGUGGAUGGAGAACCUUCUGCGGGCGCGCUACGUCCCAUACGACAUGGCGGCCUGGAAGCAGUACCAAUGGAUCAACAACAAGAGGCCCGACUUUGACCGGAACGGCAACCAGAUAAAGGGCCUCAGCUACUGGCUGUGGAUGCUUUUUGGGCUGGGUGGCGCGUCCGCCAAAGGUACGUUGCUCAGGUGGAUCCUGGUACUCGUUUCGGGUUACACGAGCCUGACCUACGGUGCCUUGUUGAAGAAUAAGUACCUGUCCUGA